GAGUUGGGAUGGGAACGAUAUCCGCAACAUCGACCUGACGAGGUGUCAGGUUCCUGCAUGCAAAAGGGAAGCAGCUGGUUUUUCAGGGUUCAAGGGCCCAUCAACACAGCCAUCCAGGCUAAUGAUCUGUGGCCGUUACCCGAGGCGAUAGCCAAGGCCGUUAAGCUGGAGCAGCGUCGUCAAAGUAGAGUAGUAGCGAGCUUUCAGGUGAUUGAGGUGCAUGCACCGGGUGACGCGACUGUUCAGUUGGCCUUUCAAGAAACAUCGCCGUGGUAUCGGGUGUCCAUAGUCGGGCCCCACAACGUCCGAGUCCUUGUCCGCAAGAACUUCCCAGCAGAAUCCCAGUCCACGAUUUUGUUCGUGCCGGUCAGUUCUACCUUGAGAUCACUGGCAACGGCCAUGACUGCAGCGUUGCAUCCACACCUCCCGAAUGCCUUGACCAUUACUCAGGUUUAUGCUCUGCCGAGGGGUGCCGAUCCUUUGUCAUCCACCAGUGUUUGGAGUGGAUUUCCCGCCCUGCAAUCCAUGGCACAGUGGACGCAAUGCGGACUGUUGACAUAUGCCCGGACUCUCUCACAGAACCACUACAUAGUUCUGACCCUAAAGAAGUGCGCGAGUGGAAGCCCACUUCUUCCUCAAAGUAUCGACGCAGUUGCGAGGAACAGCAAGGACUGGACUCGACUUUCCUACGAGGAGUUUGAACUCACAAGCUAUUUGCGGUCCUUCCUGCUGAUCAUCGGCGCACGUGUGGGAUCCUUUGAUCAGCUGUACGGACAGCGAUUGGCGCCCUAUAUGUCCGCAGUUUCGCGGGAUGAAUGGGAUCUGAACUACUCCCACAUCCAGACAUGGCUCAAGACGGCGGGCUUGGCAUACAAGAUUCACACAGGCUCCUCAAGUGGACCGAAGAUCAUUGACGCUGCGCGUCCACGCUUCGUGGAAUCUGUCCUGCCUGGACCAGGCUAUUCCCGCGAGCUCACGGAGAGCCAAGGCGCAAGUUCCUCCUCAACCUUUUCCUCAACCUUUUCAGCCAUCGAAUUUGGCAUGCAUUUUCAAAUCUGA